CACGAACAAAACACUACACUUUUCCAAACUCUAUAACCCGCCCCCUAUCUAAAAUAACGAUGGCCACCCCUUGUAAAAUACACAGAUGGACCGCCCCCAGCACACCUGAAGUUGAACGCCUCACUCCUGACCGACUGGCCGACAAAUAUAGGGCUGGCAGUGAAUCACUUGAUUCCAAUACGGCCCAAACUGUGGUCUCCUUAUUACGCCUUCCAGUAGUUCUUACUGAGCUUCUUCAUGUUUCCAGCGAGCUCGUGGAUACAGAGACCUUGAGCUUAUUUUUAUCUCAGCGCCCUUUUUCUGAUAGGUACCAACUCCUAGAUGUACUCGAGAAACUUUACCAAUGUUGCGGCAAUCUAUGCGCAGACAGCCAGAAGACACCUAGAAGCACACCAACACCGCUUUUUAAGAGCAGCAACGAGCCUGAAAAACGUGUUGAAAGCCAGCCAGGCUAUUCUAACAAGGUCCAACACGUCGAUUCGGAAUCCAACAGUAUAGCCGCUAGUAGUGAUCACCAGCCCAAAGACGAGCUCGAGAAUGAUUUCAUAAACAAUACGCCAUCUCCUGUUGAAUUUGAAGAACAUAUGUUGGAUCCUAACACUAAAGCUGCCUACGAGAACCUAAGACCACAUGAGCUUAGGGACCAAGGUUUUAUAAAUCCUGUCGCUAUACAGAAGGAUUGGGAUAUUAGUCCGAAAUAUGAGAUCGACAGCAUGUUCAGAUGUGAAUCGAUAGCAGCUCCUUCUUCUGGAACAGAGGAUUCUGCUCAAUCUGAGCUUGUACGGGAGACGAUCGAGAACCCAAGCACUGCGAGAGAGCUUCCGGUAACACAACUACGAACUCCUUUGAAGACUCCUUUGAAAACUCCUUUGAAGACUUUAAAACGCCACGAUAUACUGGCACCAGAAGAUAACCCAACCACAAGCUAUGAUCAACCUAUUCAGCGAAUGAUAGAGCAAUCUGCUACCGAAUUUGCUAGGUCUAGCCUGGAGGAAAUCGAACAAUUGCAGUUUCCUAUGGACUCGAUAAAAACCUACAAGAGCCUCCUUGGUGCUUUGAAAGCAACACAUCAAGUACGAGCCACAUGGUCGAGCGGCUUGGAAUGGAGUUCUAUCGUGGAAUCGGGAUUUGCCGAACGACACAAGAGCUCUAUUCGCUAUGCCUUGACCGCGAUUACGUUUGCUCGAUGGCACCGUGGCCAAGCCGAUCUCCUAUCUUCGUUAUCUCCCACAGAGGCGGCGCAAGAAGUCUCCAGCAGGAUCCUCGGACCAGUACCCAAAGACGCAGGCGAGAAAAGGGCGCGAGAGAUUCGUCGCAAAAGACUUGCUACUCAUUUAACGAGGGGUAGAAUUUGGGAUGAACUGGUGUCUACAUUAGGCUUUGGUAUUCUUUUUAGGGAUGCGUGGAAUCUUGCCAAAUCUAAAAAGCAUGUCAUAAAGGGCUUGAUCUCUCAGCUUGAACAUGACCUAAAAAAGAUGGAUAUUCUUAAGCUCUUACAAAAGCAGAUGGAUGAGCUUUUAGAGACCGGACGGACAGACCCUGUCGCUUUUAAGCAAGCUCUAGAGGGCCAGGAAUUACUCGGUACCUCAGGGCAGACCUCUGAUAUUUCUAAAGCAGUGAUCUCGCUUCAAAGAGAUAUAAAAAUUUCAGCACCUAGCAACAUGCUUCUGGUUAAGAGCACCGAAUUCCGUUUUAACAUCAAAACACUUGAUCGGCUAAACGGAACAGAAUGGUUCAACGACGAGCUUAUCCUGCUCUGUUUGCAUUUGGCUGAUAAACUACCAUAUGUUCGCGUUGGCUUUUCUGUUCCCGUCCACCAACAGGAUCGACCGAGAAAGAUGGUAGCGAAGCCAUUCGAGAGGGCCGCGCGGGUCAUCGAGGAAUGGAAGAAGGCGGAACCGGAUCAUAGCCUUGUAUGCUUUUUCCCACUUUUUCAGCAUGGAGAUCACUUUAGCCUCCUUGAAGUGAACUACAGAGAUAAUGCAAUUUAUCACUAUGAUUCACUUAGGAAAGGGAUCCGCACAGAGAUCAAGAAAGCAUGCAAAGAUCAAUUUCCCGGAUUGCAAUAUGUUGAGCAGACGGCUCCCCAUCAACUUGAUACUUUCAGUUGUGGCCCAUUGGUCGUUACAUCUGCGUACUACCGUAUGCUAGGCCGAACAGUUGUCUCUAGAGAUGUUACGCUCCCAGAUGCUACAGCGAUAAGGGCUGCUGCUUUGAGUCUGAUAAGAACGGCCUGGCAUGACAAUAUUUUAAUCCCGGUAGAACAGUCUACGGGAAGGAAACGAACGGGCGAGUCAGUUCACCAGAGGCAAGGGAAACGGCAGAAGACGGAUAAACCGGCCGAAGUUGAAAACCUAACUAUCUAGAGACGCGAUGGACUACCC